AGCGUGGGGGACGCCAUCAUCCCCGGCAGGCCUCCACCCUCCAGGGGGCGGGUGUGCUGCCACCCAUUGGCUCAGGCCGAUACCACGCGCCCCGAUACCCGGCACAGGAGCCACCUCCCAGAGCCCCGCAGUCCAUGCCUCAGUCCGCCUGCGCUCCUCAGCCUGGCGGUUCUGCCUCCGAGGGUUCGCCCGCCCUUGGUUUUCCUUACACCUUCGCCUUUGGCUCCUUUGACCCCUCGAAGCCCCACAGCGUGUUCCAGCGGACUUCACCAGCAGACCCAGAAGUGGUGGGUGAAACACUGCCUCUGCUCCUCCUUGAGCCUGUCGGGAGCUGCUGCCUGCCACCAUCAUGUCUUCUGCAAAUCCUGAGACUCCAAACUCAACCAUCUCCAGAGAGGCCAGCACCCAGUCUUCAUCAGCUGCAGCUAGCCAAGGCUGGGUGUUACCAGAAGGCAAAAUCGUGCCCAACACUGUUUUUGUUGGUGGAAUUGAUGAUAGGAUGGAUGCAACUGAGAUUAGAAGCUUCUUUGGUAGAUACGGUUCAGUGAAAGAAGUGAAGAUAAUCACCAAUCAAACUGGUGUGUCCAAAGGCUAUGGAUUUGUUUCGUUUGUUAAUGACGUGGAUGUCCAGAAGAUAGUAGAAUCACAGAUACAUUUCCAUGGUAAAAAGCUGAAGCUGGGCCCUGCAAUCAGGAAACAAAAGUUAUGUGCUUGUCGUGUGCAGCCAGGUCCUUUGGUGUCUAAUCCGCCUCCUCCGCCACAGUGUCAGAACAUCUGGAGGAAUCCAAACACUGAAACCUACCUGCAGCCCCUAAUCACGCUGAAUCCUGUAACUCAGUAUGUUCAGAUGCCGCCACAGUGGCCUGUUGGGGAGCAAAGGAGUUAUGCUGUACCUCCGUCUUCUGCAAAUCCUGAGACUCCAAACUCAACCAUCUCCAGAGAGGCCAGCACCCAGUCUUCAUCAGCUGCAGCUAGCCAAGGCUGGGUGUUACCAGAAGGCAAAAUCGUGCCCAACACUGUUUUUGUUGGUGGAAUUGAUGAUAGGACGGAUGCAACUGAGAUUAGAAGCUUCUUUGGUAGAUACGGUUCAGUGAAAGAAGUGAAGAUAAUCACCAAUCGAACUGGUGUGUCCAAAGGCUAUGGAUUUGUUUCGUUUGUUAAUGACGUGGAUGUCCAGAAGAUAGUAGAAUCACAGAUACAUUUCCAUGGUAAAAAGCUGAAGCUGGGCCCUGCAAUCAGGAAACAAAAGUUAUGUGCUUGUCGUGUGCAGCCAGGUCCUUUGGUGUCUAAUCCGCCUCCUCCGCCACAGUUUCAGAACAUCUGGCAGAAUCCAAACACUGAAACCUGCCUGCAGCCCCUAAUCACGCUGAAUCCUAUAACUCAGCACGUUCAGUCUUCUGCAAAUCCUGAGACUCCAAACUCAACCAUCUCCAGAGAGGCCAGCACCCAGUCUUCAUCAGCUGCAGCUAGCCAAGGCUGGGUGUUACCAGAAGGCAAAAUCGUGCCCAACACUGUUUUUGUUGGUGGAAUUGAUGAUAGGACGGAUGCAACUGAGAUUAGAAGCUUCUUUGGUAGAUACGGUUCAGUGAAAGAAGUGAAGAUAAUCACCAAUCGAACUGGUGUGUCCAAAGGCUAUGGAUUUGUUUCGUUUGUUAAUGACGUGGAUGUCCAGAAGAUAGUAGAAUCACAGAUACAUUUCCAUGGUAAAAAGCUGAAGCUGGGCCCUGCAAUCAGGAAACAAAAGUUAUGUGCUCGUCGUGUGCAGCCAGGUCCUUUGGUGUCUAAUCCGCCUCCUCCGCCACAGUUUCAGAACGUCUGGCAGAAUCCAAACACUGAAACCUACCUGCAGCCCCUAAUCACGCUGAAUCCUAUAACUCAGCACGUUCAGGCUUAUUCUGCUUAUCCACAUUCACCAGGUCAGGUCAUCACUGGAUAUCAGUUGCUUGUAUAUAAUUAUCAGAUUCCACUGCACUGGCCUGUUGGGGCGCAAAGGAGUUAUGUUGUUCCUCCGGCAUAUCCUACUUAUCCAAAUUCACCAUUUCAGGUCACCACUGGAUAUCAGUUGCCUGUAUAUAAUUAUCAGGCAUUUCCUGCUUAUCCAAAUUCACCAUUUCAGGUCGCCACUGGAUAUCAGUUGCCUGUAUAUAAUGAUCAGGCAUUUCCUGCUUAUCCAAAUUCACCAUUUCAGGUCACCACUGGAUAUCAGUUGCCUGUAUAUAAUUAUCAGGCAUUUCCUGGUUAUCCAAAUUCACCAUUUCACGUCACCACUGGAUAUCAGUUCCCUGUGUAUAAUUAUCAGGCCUUUCCUGCUUAUCCAAAUUCACCAUUUCAGGUCACCUCUGGAUAUCAGUUGCCUGUAUAUAAUUAUCAGGCAUUUCCUGCUUAUCCAAAUUCACCAUUUCAGGUCACCACUGGAUAUCAGUUGCCUGUAUAUAAUUAUCAGGCAUUUCCUGCUUAUCCAGAUUCACCAUUUCAGGUCACCACUGGAUAUCAGUUGCCUGUAUGCAAUUAUCAGGCAUUUCCUGCUUGUCCAAAUUCACCAGUUCAGGUCACCACUGGAUAUCAGUUGGCUGUAUACAAUUAUCAGGCAUUUCCUGCUUAUCCAGAUUCACCAUUUCAGGUCACCACUGGAUAUCAGUUGCCUGUAUAUAAUUACCAGGCAUUUCCUGCUUGUCCAAAUUCACCAGUUCAGGUCACCACUGGAUAUCAGUUGGCUGUAUACAAUUAUCAGGCAUUUCCUGCUUAUCCAAAUUCAGCGGUUCAGGUCACCACUGGAUAUCAGUUCCAUGUAUACAAUUACCAGAUGCCACCGCAGUGGCCUGUUGGGGAGCAAAGCAGAAAUCUGUGGACCGAAGCAUACAAAUGGUGGUAUCUUGUCUGUUUAAUCCAGAGAAGAGACUGAUAAAUUCCGCUGUUACUCAAGAUGACUGCUUCAAGGGUAAAAGAGUGCAUCGCUUUAGAAGAAGUUUGGCAGUAUUUAAAUCUGUUGGAUCCUCUCAGCUAUCUAGUUUCAUGGGAAGUUGCUGGUUUUGAAUAUUAAGCUAAAAGUUUUCCACUAUUACAGAAAGUCUGAAUUUUGGUAAAUCACACUGAAACUUUCUGUGUAACUUGUAUUAUUAGACUCUCUAGUUUUAUCUUAACACUGAAACUGUUCUUCAUUAGAUGUUUAUUUAGAACCUGGUUCUGUGUUUAAUAUAUAGUUUAAAGUAACAAAUAAUCGAGACUGAAAGAACGUUAAGAUUUAUCUGCAAGGAUUUUUAAAAAAUUGAAAUUUGCAUUUUAAGUGUUUAAAAGCAAAUACUGAUUUUCAAAAAAAGUUUUUAAAACCUGAUUUGAAAGCUAAGAAUUUUGAUAGUCUGAACACAAGCAUUUCACUUCUCCAAGAAGUACCUGUGAACAGUACAAUAUUUCAGUAUUGAGCUUUGCAUUUAUGAUUUAUCUAGAAAUUUACCUCAGAAGCAGAAUUUUUAAAACUGCAUUUUUAAUCAGUGGAACUCAAUGUAUAGUUAGCUUUGUUGAAGUCUUAUCCAAACCCAGUAAAACAGAUUCUAAGCAAACAGUCCAAUCAGUGAGUCAUAAUGUUUAUUCAAAGUAUUUUAUCUUUUAUCUAGAAUCCACAUAUGUAUGUCCAAUUUGAUUGGGAUAGUAGUUAGGAUAACUAAAAUUCUGGGCCUAAUUUUUUAAAGAAUCGAAGACAAACUAAACCUUACUAGGUAUAUAACCUUCUCAAUGAGUUACCAUUCUUCUUUUUUAUUAAAAAAAUUGUUCCUUGAAAUGCUAAAUUUAAUGGCUGUAUGUGAAAUUUGCAAAAUACUGGUAAUAAAGAACGCUGCAGCUUUUUUAUGUCACUCAAAGGUUAAUCAGAGUAUCUGAAAGGAAUUGUUUUUAUAAAAACAUUGAAGUAUUAGUUACUUGCUAUAAAUAGAUUUUUAUUUUUGUUUUUUAGCCUGUUAUAUUUCCUUUUGUAAAAUAAAAUAUGUCCAGAAGAGGCAAAAUAGGUAGUUUUGAUAUUUCUAAACCACGAAAGUUGUUUAGUAAGUAUAUCUUUAGAAUCUGCUAGAGUUAAAGUUAGCGUUGUUUCUAGAUUAGGUAGUGUCCUCAUUUUAUAUUGUGACCACACAGCUAGAGCACCAGAGCCCUUUUGCUAUACCCACAGUCUUGUUUUCCCAGCCUCUUUUACUAGUCUUUCAGGAGGUUUGCUCUUAGAACUGGUGAUGUAAAGAAUGGAAGUAGCUGUAUGAGCAGUUCAAGGGCCAAGCCGUGGAAUGGUAGCAAUGGGAUAUAAUACCUUUCUAAGGGAAACAUUUGUAUCAGUAUCAUUUGAUCUGCCAUGGACAUGUGUUUAAAGUGGCUUUCUGGCCCUUCUUUCAAUGGCUUCUUCCCUAAAACGUGGAGACUCUAAGUUAAUGUCGUUACUAUGGGCCAUAUUACUAAUGCCCACUGGGGUCUAUGAUUUCUCAAAAUUUUCAUUCUGAAUCCGAAGGAUAGAGUCUUUAAACUUUAGAAUUCCCAAGAAGGCUUUAUUACACCUCAGAAAUUGAAAGCACCAUGAAUUUGUCCAUUAAAAAAUUAUCCAUAGUUUUUUUAGUGCUUUUAACAUUCCAACAUACAUCAUUCUGUGAUUAAAUCUCCAGAUUUCUAUAAAUGAUACCUAUAUUCUAAAGAGUUAAUUCUAAUUAUUCCGAUAUGACCUUAAGGAAAAGUAAGGGAAUAAAUUUUUGUCUUUGUUGGAGUGAAGUGUUUAAUAGAGUAAGGUAAAGAAGAUAUUAAGUCGUAAACCUUUCAAAAUGGAAAAUUAAUUCUAAACUGAGAAAAAUGUUCCUACUACCUAUUGCUGAUACUGUCUUUGCAUAAAUGAAUAAAAAUAAACUUUUUUUUCUUCAAA